AGUCAGUGUGUGGUGGCGUACUGUUGAUUUCAAUUACUGUAUUAUUUAUUAUGAAUUAAGAUGUAUAAUUGUAAAUAAUUAAAAAUAAAUUUUACAAUAAAAUUUAGACAUAAAAAAUAUAAUUUUUUGACUCAACUCAUAACACAAAGUGUUGUUAAUUAUCACUAUUUUAAGCUAGAGAUUGAUAUUUUUAUAAAAUAAAAUUGUAUAUUAAAAAUGACGACGAGAAAUAAUGGACGAGCUGCUGGAGACGGUUUGGAAAAUCUAGGCGUACCUGGGCAAGUUUUCCUGAGAGAUUCACUAACGAGCUGUACAGAUCCGCUCAGUGCUAUUGAGCAAUUCCAGAUUGAUAAUGGAAUUCUAUUGGCAUCUUUGAGACCUAUGUUGCCGCUGCUGGACCUUCAUGGAGUUCGAAGGCUGGACUUUCACGCAUCGGUCCUCGAGGAGCUGAGAGAAAAGCUGGUGAAGCGGAUAAAUGAAAUCGGAACCGAGCGAGAGAAGAGUGGAAGUUCGGGAGACAAAAGACUUAAGGAUUUACUUUCGAAGAGUUUUCCAGCCAUUCGAGUUCCAGCUCUGAGGCCUGUGGUGAUGAGUAUUCUCAGAAAUACGCCGCAUAUUGACGAUAAGUAUCUACGGGUAUUAGUGAGAGAAAAAGAGUUGUACAAUAGUGCUGAGACUGAAGUAAAAAGACAGAUUUGGAAGGAUAAUCAGAGUCUCUUUGGUGAUGAAGUAUCACCCUUGUUCAGUAAAUAUAUUAUUGAAAAAGAGCAAGUGCUCUUUGAUCACGGAAAUUUAAAUUCGUUGUUUUUUUCACCUUCGCCUAAAGUAAGGAGGCAGGGUGAAGUCGUCCAGAAGUUAGCACACAUGAUUGGUACAAGUGUGAAACUUUAUGACAUGGUUCUGCAGUUUUUGAGGACAUUAUUUUUGAGAACAAAAAAUAUUCAUUAUUGUACACUGCGUGCUGAGCUACUGAUGGCUCUUCAUGAUUUAGAAGUCCAAGAAAUUAUUUCUGUUGAUCCUUGUCAUAAAUUUACUUGGUGCCUAGAUGCAUGUAUCAGGGAAAAAAACGUUGACAUCAAACGCUCUCGUGAACUUCAAGGCUUUUUGGACAGUAUAAAGAGAGGUCAGGAACAAGUUCUUGGUGAUCUGAGCAUGACUUUAUGUGACCCUUACGCAGUAAACUUUCUUGCGAGUAGCGCAAUCAAAAUAGCUCUUCACUUAAUAAACGGAGAAUCUCUACCACGAGACAACGCAGUAUUGGUUCUGCUUCUCAGAAUGUUGGCACUUGGACUAUCUGCUUGGCAAAUGAUCGACUCUCAAGACUUCAAAGAACCCAAACUAGACAGCCAAGUAGUCACGAAAUUUUUACCCGCUCUGAUGUCGCUGAUGGUUGACGAUCAAAUUCGACAAUUGAACUGUAAACUACCACCAGAUGAACGAGAGAGUGCGAUAGCGAUUAUAGAACACUCGGGACCGCCCCCAGAUGCGUGUCAAGCUUACGCUCAACUAUCUGGAGUGGCUGCCGUUCUGUCUAUGUACUAUACACUUCACGUCGGAGGAGCGACCGGAGGAUUUGGAGCAGCCUCUUCUGGCGGAGCUGGAGGUAUCGGUGGAGUCGGUACCGGCGCUGGUAAAUCCAGGAGCGAUUCUCGAGGGCUCAUGAGAGUUCUGUCGAUUCUUCCAAACUGCCAAGGACACCGUGCCUUUGAAGAUCCUUUCCUUCAUACACUUGUUUCUUUGCUAAUUCUGAAUAUGGCUGAUGAGUUUUCCAACGAGUCGUUUUGUACCGUAAUUUUUGAUGAAUUUUUCCUCGCUGGAUUAGGGAGGGACAAUGUUACGAGGCAUUUACUUAAAUUACUUUGGUAUAUUUAUCCAAAACUUCCUACUGCCAGGUUGCAUUCUUUGAUGAAAGGUCUCCAACCCACUAAUCAGCACAAUGAAGCUGUACAUACUUUGUUUGAAGCUCUCAGAGAAAAAAUUGGUAGUCGAACAAUGGAAGAAGCUACAUUGGGACAAGAUACCAUGGGAAUGGAUUGUUCAGCAUCACCUCUAGGAGUAUCAGUGCCUACAUAAAUCUUUAUGUCUAAAUUACUCGAUUUAUUGUAAAUUUAGUAUGUAAAGAAAAUUUUUUUAAUAAAAAAUAUAUUAUUUAAACAA